ACUUGAAUGCACAUGAAAAAUGCACAUGUCCUUCUCCCCGCUGUCCAAAUUACGUUUAGACUUCUUGCUGGAUUCCCACAGGAGGGCGAAACAGUGGUUUAUCAGCUAACUGUUACCACUCGUCGCUAGCGAAUAGUUAGCUCAUCGAUGACACAUUUGCUCGUUAAAGGACAAACUGUAAUUGUGUUUUUGUUCCAUCGACGCAUUUCCUCAGAAUUUAGCGAAAAAGCUGAUAGGCAAGGGAACUAAAUUUAACUCCUUUAACCCGGCUGUACGCCUUCCUUUUUUGGUCUGGUGUUUCCCAAGGCUAAAAAUCAGGGCGUCUGCUAACAUUAGCCGCCUCUCAUGUACUUGGCUGGCAUUAAACAUGAAAAGGAAAGUGGCUUUUUGUUUUUCUACUGGUUAAGCUUCCCAACACAAUCGCACCACGAAUCCACAUUAUAUCGGCUUUUAGUCAAACUGUUUCCUACGUUUAUUUAUCAGGAAGGACUUAAACAUCCAGUGACAUGCCUUUAUUUUGUUAAUGUAAAAAGUUGAACUUUGUCAAUUUUAUUAAAAUGCAUACUCGAAUUUCUUCAUGUGACUUAAUUUUUAUUAUCGGGAUAUAUACAGAAAUGCAGUUUAAUGAUCUACCAACAUCAGUACACAGUGCAAUUUUUCUAUAGAAGCUACUUUGAAGUUGAAUUGAAUGGUAGAUUGGCGUUCUGUUUAUUCGUGAUGUGAUUAUGACAAUGAUCUGAAAAUUUUUAAUGAUUCCAAGGUCUGACGUUCAUAAUAAGUCAACACAUGGACUGCAACACAACACUUAUUGAGAUGUGUUAAUAUAGUUAUAAGACGGGGGCCAAAGGCCUAUAAACAUCUCUUAUUAUGAUGGAGUGUAGUUCUUUAUCAUUGCAAAUGUCAUUGGCAGUGUCUUAUUAUCGUUUGUAAAAGUAGAGUAUUAGAUACAGCUCUUUUAUUGAACCUCGUUAUUAGGGUUGGGCAUUGUUUGAAUUUGAGCGAUUCAGGUUCCGAUUCCGGUUCCUUAGUUCGAUUCUGGUUCCAAACGAUUCUCGAUUACGAUUCUUUUAGGGGCCAGGGUAAAAAAAAAAGUUUGCAUGGUUUAAAUAAUGGGUGUCCAAAUUAUGAACAUCCAUUUCCUUAGCAGCCCGCAGCAUAGACUAAAAUGGCCCCUGUAUUCUGUUUCGUCAUGUCAAAUGGUUUAUAUGUGCAAGUUUUAAUGGGACUUCUUGUUUUAAACUUGUAGCCUUUUAUUUGGAAGGGUACUCACCGGAACUCAGCAUUUUGGCACGAAAAGUAACUUCACACGGCACCGGUGAUUUAUUUUUAUUUUUUUUAAUGGAUGGAACCAAAUGCUAUAAAACGCUGAUUCCUUUCCCGAUUUUCACCGAUGAGGCACAAGAUAUUUCUGCUGCACAAUGGCAAAUAUUUAAAAGCCUGAAUCAGCUGCUGAUAUGGUGGACCUUCGAAGCCCCCAGUCUCACAUUGGAGUGAGAGUCUGGGGAGAAUAUUGCAACGGAUUAUGGCUUUAGGAGAUCAUCUUCCACAAGAAUCUAUUUGCACCGCUUAGAAAUAAGAGAUUGGAAGAUGGAGAGAGUGGCAGCUGAGAGGGAGAUGGACGCCCUUACAGAUUCUGAUGAGGAGCUCUCCGAUGGUGAUUCCCCUUCAGAAAUUAAGUCGGGUCGGGUGACGAGAGCAGCGGAAGACAACCGUGAGUACACAGUGAAUGCUCAGGACAUCCCAAACUCAGCCACACCUCACGACUCUGGAAUUGGUGAUGUGGAGUGCUGUGGCUCUAUGGAGGGCAGAGAUGAUACCGAGGAGGUUUCUGACGGAAUGGAACACGAAAGCGCUGAUGGUCACGUGGACUCCCGAGUCAUAAAUCAAGAGGACGAUGAAUCUGCGAAGGCGCAGCACCUGAACGGGGAGUCGACCUGGAGGAGCUUCGGAUCAGGAAGGAAGUGCAAACUGAGGAACAGCGCAUCAUUUUCUGAGCAGAGCAAUCAAAGUGCUUUCACGCCGCCCUCCUUUCAAAAAGGUGGUUUUGUGUCGAGCAGCGGCAGACACAAGCAGGCCCGCAGACGCAACCAUCACCAUCAUCAGUUGAACCGCGGCCGCAGGCGCACGGGCAAACAACUCGUCUUUGCUUUUAAAGAAAUGCUGUCGGAGUCUGUCAGCGUCUGGUGCAUCUCCUGUGUCCACAUGAUGAUUGAAAUUAUUGUCACAUUAACUCACAAUUGUGGCAUUGGUGUGGAGACCGGAGGGUUGAAACUUUUCCGCUUGGGGCAGCAGCUCAUGGGAAAGAUCACUGACAUUCCGGGAAUGAAGGCAGAUGCCAGUCGGAUUUUAAAAUGGAUGAAAUGCGCAGGCACGGAUGUGGUGGAUAAAGUUGUUGGGUCACUCAAGUGGACUAAACAAGCUGCCUUGUCGACUCUCAGACUUCUUUGUGCUCUGCUCGUGCUCGGGUCCCAGCGGGUGAAAAGUGUCUUGAUCUGGCUUGGUGGAGAGAGGGGAAAACGGUAUUGGACAACGUUCCAGGAUACACAUUUUUGGAAGAGGUUGGUGUUUUUUGUGGAAAGAGUCAGAAAGCGUUUCAGGAGGGAUGGACACAUUCACACGCCCGGCUUCGAGUCACCGGGACGAGCUGGGAGAGGCCCGCCAGGCCAGGAGCUGGAAAGACUGCUGGCCCUGGCAGAGGUCCCAGAAGAUGAGCUUGAUCCCUUCACGGUGCUCGGCGUGGAGGUCCACGCGACUGAGGCUGAGCUAAAGAAGGCCUAUAGACAGCUGGCUGUCCAGGUCCAUCCAGACAAGAAUAAACACCCACGAGCUGGUGAGGCAUUCAAAGUACUGCGGGCUGCCUGGGAUAUUGUCAGUAACCCAGAAACACGGAGAGAGUAUGAAUUGAAGCGCAUGGCGGCAACCGAGCUGUCCAAGUCCAUGAACGAGUUCCUCACCAAACUGCAGGACGAUCUGAAGGAAGCCAUGAACACCAUGAUGUGUACCAAAUGUGAAGGCAAGCACAAGCGCUUUGAGAUGGAUCGAGAACUCACAGAGGCCCGUUUCUGUGCUGAGUGCAGUCGUCGCCACAGCGCUGAAGAGGGGGACCUGUGGGCUGAGUCCAGCAUGUUGGGCCUACGUAUCACAUACUUUGCCUGUAUGGACGGCAAAGUCUAUGAUAUCACAGAGUGGGCGGGUUGCCAGAGGAUCCUCAUCUCUCCAGACACACACCGUGUGCCCUAUCACAUCUCCUUUGGGUCCAAGAACAACAGCAAUGCCGCCAGAAACAGGCCACACUCGGAGCACGGUUCCGGUCCCGGUCCAGCCAAUCCAGCCGACUUGCAGGACUUCUUCAACCGCAUCUUCAAGGGAACAGCCCCCAGUGACAUGCCAGCCAACGGGGGCUUCUUCCCCUCAGGUCCAUCUCACCAUCCCCCGCCCGGUGCUGGAUCUCCCCCGUUCUCUCCUCCUCCGGGCCAGACAGGCUUCUUCAUGCCGGGGGCCCAGCGCCCUGAGCCCAGCGAGCCGUGGGCCGAGGGCGGAAAACCUCCGCCUCGGAGGAAGAAGAAGGUCCGCAAGCCCUUCCAGAGGUGAAGUCUGCUGAGACAGGACGGCUACUAAAACAACCCAGGGACUCAUUUAGCACAGGCUGGUUUGGGGUCUUGCUGACAUCUCAGCGAGAGGGGAUUUAUUAUGUUGCUUGAGAAAGCUGAGGUCCCACAAGACCUGAACAUGAGCUGUGGGCUCCUUUAACAUGUUUGAAGGUUCAAGAGGUGUCAGCGAUGGUGCAUUCGUUACCCCUCAUUUCACCUUAGUUUGGCUUCAACUUCACACUGACUGUAGCCUUGCCAUUCUUCUGCAGCCUCUCCUACCAACUCCCGCACCAUUUAUUUACCUGCUCUUUGCCACUUCGAGUCACUCACUUCCUUUGGAAACUAAAUCUUCACAAGCCAUCGUGACACCAGGCAUGGCUCACCAUAAUCAGCUAAUCAAUAUGACAAUAUUGACCUUGUCAGCAGCACUGCGUCAGUGUUACAUAACUAUAUUUCAGUAAACAUCCAUGCUAGCAGUUACUUAAAAAAAAAAAAAAAAAAGAAGUCUUGUUUCUCUUAUACUUCCUAAAUUUGAGAUCCCAAUGAGCUCAGUCCCAAAUUAGUAGUAGCAUAUGUUAAACGUCAAAGAGGGAGCCACCAUCAAUGCUAUAGAAUCUGGAACUUACAAAAAAAAAAAAUAAGAUAAAACAUCUAUAUGCACAACAAUAAAUUGAGAACUCUGGUGGUGGAAAGGUCAGAUGGCAUGAGUUUCCACUGUCAAUGUACCAAGCUACUGGGACGCCAUCUGCCUGAAAAAUAACCUCUUUUAACAUGUUUCUCAUCUUGUCACUAUCUGAUUACAUGCCAACCGGAGGUUGACAUGCCGUUUUAAGCCCAACAUAGCAGUGCUUCGUGCAUAGAGGUUUCAAAUGGUCUCAAAGGCGAGACGGGCCUAGUGAUUGGUCUAUACUGCCCUCUGUUGUUCAUCAAAGCACAGUUUUUACACCACCAGUUAAACGUCAAACAAACACUAAUUUUAGCAUACUGUCUCUGCAACCUAAAUCUUAGUGUGUCUAAAGUAACUGAAUUUGAAUGGUAAUUAAAACGUUUAAAAGGUCAUAAUCAGUUAAAAUAACUCGGAAAACUAAAGCGUUUACACAUACUGUAUGAAGAUUGCCAGAGCAAGCGGGGUGUGUGAUAAAAGCCAUCUUUUUGUUCUUUUCAGUAGAGAGUGAAUUUUGUUCCUUUUUUUGUUAAGGGCCUGUGACCUUUGACAGUGUUGGAUGAGCCCAAGCUGUUUGCAUGCAGCUGCAUUGUGAUGCCUCUGUGAGUGGAAGUGGUUACCUGUUUUUUUUUUUUUUUAGUUUUAGCGUGUUGAAGCAGGAUGCUGCCAUGUUCCCCCGUGUGUCAAAUUGCUCUUUUAUGCAUUUGUGGUGUCCAAUCAGAUGAGCCAUGCCAGACCCACAAAGGCUUGUAAAUGCUUGAAAUGAGAUUGAUACUCUGCAGUGGCACUAGAACAACUGAAAGGACAGAUUUAUAUUUUGCUUAUAAAGUAGCACAAUUUUA